AUGGCUGGAAAAAUGACUUCUUCCACUGUAUGGUUCGUUUGUUUGGUAGCAGUUUUGUUAUCACUAUUCGAAGUAAGUCAAGCUAAUUAUAAAAAUGCCCCAAUGAAUGGAAUCAUGUUCGGAAAAAGAGGCCCUUCUGAUUACGAUGCCCGCAGCAAAGCCUUUACAGCAUUAUGUGAAAUUGCAACGGAAGCUUGUCAGGCCUGGUUUUCUUCACAAGAAAGCAAGUAA